AAAAUGUUCUCUCUAGACUCACCUACUGCUUUUCUUUUCCUGUUUUUUUUUUUUUUCUUUUUUCCUCUGUGAGAUAAGCCAAAGCUUUGAGUGUCCUAGAAAUGUGGGGUGGUGGUGGAGUUAGUGUAGUGAAAGUGUUACUGUAAUAUCCAGUAUGUACUUUUUGUGGCCAUCGUUCAUUUCUGAGCAAGUAACCUCAUGGUGAGGCUUCUCUUCUCAUAUGUGAAGGAGACAGAAAUAAGUUAUCUGUGUAACAUAUACAGGUCAUUAGCCAGUGAUAUUUUUAAACAGUUUUAACCACUUUGCAGAGCUUAUUUUCAUUUGGUUUUGUAGUUGGUGACUUUUGUAGCAUUUUUAUGCAGCCAUACGUGAUUGAUGAAUCUUGCACAUAGCCAGUGGGAAAGAGACGAAUACUUUCAAAGUAAGAAAAUUUGACUGAAUGCUGGCAGUAGCUCAAAAGCAAUUCCAUACGUACCAAUUGCAUAGGUACUCUCAGUUCAGUUUUACAACAGACUAAAUAAAUGUUAGGGCAGCCGCAUCCCCUUCUGAUAAAAUUGCCUGACUAGGCCAGCAUUACUGGUGUGAUUUUCUUUGGCUUAUUCUUCUUGCUUGUUGGAAUUGAUUUGUAAGAAACAUUUGGAACUCUUUUUGUAUUUUUGCUGCGAAUCCUACAUUGCUUUUGAAAACUGUUCAGGUUCGUGCCAGUCACAUCUGAAGGCUUUGCUUCCUUGUUGUCACAAGCAGUUUGGCAUUACUGCUCGUUACAGAAUAGCUUAAACUGUCUAAUCAGUUCAUGAAGUGAUUUUUUUCUCGUGGCUACUUCUAGAGAACAAGAGUAUGUUUUCAAAGGAAUCUAUACUGACUGAUUAAGAAGGAUUCAGGAUUUUGGCAGCCUUUGUUAAAGUCAGAGGCAGAAAAUGUCUCACUGAAAGCAGAUCAGGAACAGUUACACCAAAGUGAACAUUAUUUCAUCAGUUCUUUAGACAAUUAGGGGGGAAAAAACAGCUGGUCUUUGUGCAGAAUGGCAGAGGUGAUAAGACUGCUAGCCCCUGUGGAGCAGCAAGAAAGUUAUUUACGUGAAUGGCUGUUGCACACACCGCCAGCUGGGAGGGAAUGGCAAGAUUCAGCAUCCUCUGUGUGAGGAACAUCAUUUGACUCACUGAAGAAUUAAAUACAACAGCACUGCAGAGCUGCGUGGGAGAGAAGGGGAUUUUAGACUCAAGUGGCAGAAUCAAGUCUUCAGAAGUAAAGACAUUUGGAACAGCUUCUCCCCAAAUGGAAGUUAUCUAGACAGCCCCUGAGAUCUCUCUGCAUCCUGCUUCUGCCACACCGGGACGGUGUUCUUGGUCCUGGUCUUAAAUAAAAUGUUGGAUUCUAUCAAGUGCGUGCUGGUGGGAGACUCUGCAGUGGGAAAAACAUCUCUCUUGGUACGUUUCAUCUCUGACACUUUUCCAGACAACUACAGACCCACUGUGUAUGAGAACACUGGAGUGGAUGUCUUCAUGGAUGGCGUACAGAUUAGCCUAGGCCUAUGGGACACAUCUGGAAGCGAUGCCUUCAAAGGCAUUCGCCCCCUCUCCUACCAACAGGCAGAUGUGGUGUUAAUGUGCUACUCCGUGGCAAACCACAACUCCUUUCUAAACCUGAGGAGCAAAUGGAUUGGCGAGAUCCGCAACCAUCUGCCCCGCAUCCCGGUUUUGGUAGUGGCCACGCAGACCGACCAGCGUGAAUCGGGGCCCUACCGCUCCUCCUGCAUCAGCUCGAUGGACGGCAAGCGGCUCGCCCAGGAUGUGCGAGCCAAAGGCUACUUGGAGUGCUCAGCCCUCAGCAACCGCGGUGUGCAGCAGGUGUUUGAGUAUGCUGUGCGGACAGCAGUCAAUCAAGCCAAGAGGCAGAACAGGCGGAAACUCUUCUCCAUUAACGAGUGCAAGAUCUUCUGAGGACUGUCAGCAGUGGUUUUGCCUAUGUUCGUUGUUUCUGCUUUUGCACAAAGAUGCUGCGGCAGAGAUAAUGGGAGCGAAUCAAAGACAGGCAGACUCCUGUCAGGACCGUGGUGCAGGUGGCCCCAGUAAAACAGAUGUGCACUCUGUUGGUUCUGUUCGCCUACCCAACACACAUGGGCACUAUCUUUAAAAAUGACAGAUGCAGGCAGGGGCCUUUGUUCACAACCCUGUGUUUGUAAUUUGCCAUCCUGGACUGAAGCAGACCCAGCCUGGAGAUUUACAGAUCAUAGUUGUGCAGAUUUUGUUAUCAGUGUUCCUCAGCUGUUGGUUUGUCUGCAUUUAUUUCAUGACAAACUUCAUCUGGAUCAACCUCCCCUCUUGACAUACCUGUCCAUGUGUUUGUUUUUUUUUUACUCUAAGAACCUAAUGUAUAAAAUCUCACCACCGUGUAUCUAUUUAAAAGAUUCUUGUAUAUGUUGUUGUAAAAUCCUUACAAUUUGUUUUCAUAUUUCUAUCUAACCACUGAUGCAAAUAAUUCUAUCCAUAUAAUAAAUGGCCUGCAGGUAAGCCUAGCACUUCUUACACAUGCCCAAGUUACCGCCCAACAGUGAUCAAACACACUGUGUCCAGCAUAGGAGUGAUCAAAAUGUAGUGACAUUUGAUAGUUGGCUUUGUGAGAUUUAUUUUCUUACCCUAUUCCUGUUCCUGGGAAAAUGGAGACCACUGCAACAAUGUAGUCAGAGAUGUGCUGAAGCAGGAGGAACUUAACCUGACUCUUCCUAGACUUGACCUAGUUACAACCCCAGAAGGGCUGGCUUGUAGUCAAGGCUAACCAUGUGGGUAGGGUGGUAGAGACAAAUCUGUGCUAUCAUCACUUCUCAUCUCCCUGCCAUAAUUCUGGAGGCAAAAGACUCCAUUCUCUAGGGAUGAAAGGUAUUUUUUUUUUCCAUGAGCACUAAAAUUCUCACAUAUUUUUAGCACAUUUUGAUUAUAAACAGUGGUUUUCAUGAAACAAGUAUCUUGCUGGAGUGCAAGAAAUGUCUGGACAAUGCUCUCAGACUAUCUAAUUUUUGAGUCAUCCUGUGUGGAGUCAGGAGUUGGACUUGAUGAUCCUUAUGGGUCUCUUCCAACUUGAGGUAUUCUAUGAAUCCAUGAUUCUACUACAGUAAAAAAAUUAAGUACAUGGCAGUGUUGAAUGUGCAUAUUUACAAAGGCUAAAUAAUACAUUUUUUUUUUUUAGUUUGCAUGCUAAGCAUAACAGGCUGAAUUCUAUAAAACAAAGACUAGCAGGCGUUGUGCCCUAGGGAGCUUGGCAAGUCUGAGCAUCAAGUUCUGACAUACCUGCUUGGGCCAAGUUACCCUUCUGCACAGAGGCAGGCUAAAGAAGCGGCACCUCUAGAUGUGUAAGUGCAUACUGCUGGAAGACAGAGAGGGGUCAACACACACCACACUGUGCAUUCCCUGUGAGCUGUGGUGGCCCCACUCCUGAGGUUAUCUGUGCCGAACCCUCUGCCCCACACCAUCCCUCAGAUCUUGCAGACCGGUCUCACCCCAAGGUUUCUGCUGCCCUCCCCACCCUUCAGUGAGCUCAGAACUGAGGCUUAUAGCAUGCUGCCAUGGAAGGUGUUGCACAAAAUAUUAGGAUGAUUCUAUCUCCAUGAGGAUCCCAAGAGAAUUAUCUGUGUCUGUUCUGACUAAGCCUGACUCAUGCAUUCCAACUGGAAUUGAUGCAAAAGCUUGUCUGAUUCAAAUCCAAGGUGGGACUUUGGGA